AUGGAGUUAGAACACCUGAAGAGGCUGCGUCAGGCCAACCAGGACCUUCUACAAAGGCUCAGAACAAAGCAGGAAGAGAUCAGAAAAAGACUUCCCAGCAAGCCACUCUCUCCAGCAUCUCUUCAUAAUGAAGCAGCUACUGAAAAAUCUGUCCCCUUGCCCAAGAGAGGGAAGGAAAACCAGUUCAGUGCUGUGAAUUGUACAGCUGACCCUGCAGUGUUGGUGUCUGUGGAACCUGGAGCUUACGCAGCCAGAGCAGCCCUCUCUUCAUCUCUUAAACACAGCAGCAAUGACAGAGGGGUUCAGCAGCAACAAGCAAAGAUGCAGAAAGCAGUAGGUUUGGAUUCCAGCUUUCCUGGAAAAGAGAAGAAUGUUAUGCCGGUGUCUGCAAUCAUUACCUGUGGUAGAGAAACCUCCGAAGUGGAUAGGGAUGGCCAUGCUCGAGGAAGUCUGGAGAAAGAAUUCUUCCUUCCGGGACACGGAGAGACCAGAAAACAGUCCACUCUGCCACAUAGUUUCCAUGAAAAAAAUGAGCUUAAGGGUCAUCUGGACCCAUCACUGAGCAGCAUACAAAGUGAAGAGACCAGCAAGCAGCAUGUGGUCAUUAGAGAGCCCAUAAUUCCUAAAUCAAUUUUGGUGACAUCUCAGUCCAGAGAAUUGAAGAAGGAAGCUGGUCGUGUGACUUUUCAGUCUGACCCUGAAGAAUAUACCAUACCUGUGAGCAGCUGGUCUGUGCGUCCGUUCCUGGGCUAUGACUGGAUUGCAGGGCUCCUAGAUGCAGACUCUUCAGUAGCAGAAAAAUCUGAUCAAUACUUUGCAGAGCUGCAUGAGUUCCGACAGGCCAACAAAGAAGCAUGUGUUCAUGAACAGCACCUGGAGCCCAAGGCUCUGGAUUACGUAGUUCCUGAACAAGAACCAGAUUUGAUAACCAGUUCCCAUAAGUGUGUUUACUGUUAUCGAUUAAACCAGCGCCUCUUCACUGUCCCUAUGGAUUCAAAAUCUGCCUGCCCCAUGUGUAAGAUCCCGCGUACUCAGCAGCCCCCAGAGGUACUGGAAGAGCCAGCCUAUGUCAGGGUCAGCAUUCCCAGGUCUACCCUAAUGCCUGCCUACAAAUACAAAGCCCAUCGCAGGAAAAGCUUUGAACUGGCAGACAAUCUAGCAUUACCUUCGCAGCAACAAGCAAAGAUGCAGAAAGCAGUAGGUUUGGAUUCCAGCUUUCCUGGAAAAGAGAAGAAUGUUAUGCCGGUGUCUGCAAUCAUUACCUGUGGUAGAGAAACCUCCGAAGUGGAUAGGGAUGGCCAUGCUCGAGGAAGUCUGGAGAAAGAAUUCUUCCUUCCGGGACACGGAGAGACCAGAAAACAGUCCACUCUGCCACAUAGUUUCCAUGAAAAAAAUGAGCUUAAGGGUCAUCUGGACCCAUCACUGAGCAGCAUACAAAGUGAAGAGACCAGCAAGCAGCAUGUGGUCAUUAGAGAGCCCAUAAUUCCUAAAUCAAUUUUGGUGACAUCUCAGUCCAGAGAAUUGAAGAAGGAAGCUGGUCGUGUGACUUUUCAGUCUGACCCUGAAGAAUAUACCAUACCUGUGAGCAGCUGGUCUGUGCGUCCGUUCCUGGGCUAUGACUGGAUUGCAGGGCUCCUAGAUGCAGACUCUUCAGUAGCAGAAAAAUCUGAUCAAUACUUUGCAGAGCUGCAUGAGUUCCGACAGGCCAACAAAGAAGCAUGUGUUCAUGAACAGCACCUGGAGCCCAAGGCUCUGGAUUACGUAGUUCCUGAACAAGAACCAGAUUUGAUAACCAGUUCCCAUAAGUGUGUUUACUGUUAUCGAUUAAACCAGCGCCUCUUCACUGUCCCUAUGGAUUCAAAAUCUGCCUGCCCCAUGUGUAAGAUCCCGCGUACUCAGCAGCCCCCAGAGGUACUGGAAGAGCCAGCCUAUGUCAGGGUCAGCAUUCCCAGGUCUACCCUAAUGCCUGCCUACAAAUACAAAGCCCAUCGCAGGAAAAGCUUUGAACUGGCAGACAAUCUAGCAUUACCUUCGCAUUGCCUGGCUGGCUGGAAAAAUAUCAUCCCUUCCAGCGACCCCACACUCAGCAGUUUGGAUCUGCGAGCUUCACUGGAAGAGAAGCCACCUCACUAUCCUCACCUGAACUCUGUGUCCAGAGUGUGAGGAGGAACCAGAACUGACCAGCUUCUGAACCUAACCCACUCGACGCAGCUCCAAAUUUAA